AUCACUCUGUUUCCAUUCCGCUAAACCCACAGCCAGUUCAACACUGUGCUGUAGUCUGUCUCCGUUGCUAUCAUCAUUAAUAUCGCCGCGCUUUGGACCAAGGACUAGUGAAAUUAAUCGGCUUGGUCUUGUUUAUCGGCUGAUUUGACCUGCUUAACCACUACUGUCCUGAAUAGGAUUUGCGGUCUGUCAAUGAGGAACUACAGGCUCAUCUUCUGCCAUAACCUGAAGCAGCCAUAGAUGACCAUUUCGUUUACUACUAGUGAGUGUAGCAGGAAAUAAAGUUAACUUCUUGGUGUUUGAAGUACAAGACGGACUGAAGCAGCCAGGCUGUGGAGGCGAUGAGGAAGAGCCUCUCUAUUUCCCUCAACGACUCCCUCAGCACGGCCAGAGUGUUCGGGAUCCCCCUGGAGGAGGUGCAGCACAGCGGGCAGCCAGGACAUGAGGUCCCCUUGCUGGUCAGGAGCAUUGUGGAGUACAUUGAAGAGCACGGAGGGCUGAACCUGGAGGGUCUGUUUUUUGUGAACGGCAACGCAGAACGCGUGGAAUGGCUCAGGCAGCGCUACGACAGUGGUGUGGAAGUGGAUCUGGAGAAGGAGGCCGACCUGGCCUCUGCCGUCAGCCUGCUACGCCUCUUCCUGCAGGAGCUCCCAGAGCCAAUCAUCCCUGCAGGCUUACAGGCACAAAUACUGCAGCUCUAUCAGGACUACAGCAGUGAGGAUGAGCUGGGAAGAAACAUGAAGUACUUCCUUCAGCAGCUGCCACAGGUCAACUACAGCUUGCUCCAUUACCUGUGUCGAUUUCUGUCCGGUGUUGCUUCUCUGCAGGAGGAGAGCUGGAGCAUAGGAGCUCUCGCCGCAAUCUUUGGGCCAGACAUUUUUCAUUUAGACACUGAUGUAGAAGAUCUGAAAGAGCAGGAGUCCAUCAGCCGUGUCCUUGCAGAACUGCUGGAGAACCAGGAGGAGUUCUUUGACUCCGAAGAGGAGGAGGACAUCUCCAACACAAACGACUACAGCUCCAUUAAUGACCAGAUCACAGAGCUCUUGGAGGAAGAAAAGUUGGAGGCUUGCGAGGAGCUCCCGCGAGAUGACGAGGAUGGUCCUUCCUCACUGUCGCACAAACAUGCCCAUGUCGCCCCGUCCUCCAGUGCGCACAUUUCUUCCAUCAGCAUUGUUCCAGGAUCUGCCAAUUUAAUUCAGAGAACCAUCUGUGCUGCAGUGGAACAGCAUUUUCUGGACCUUCAGACUUCAAUUGACAAGGAGCUCAGCAGCUAUGAGAGUCAGGUUUUGGACUCCCAACCCAUCCAGGGAAACCGCCCAACUCAGACACCAGGGCCUGAGGACAAUGAAGAUGUGCUGUCUGAAUCAGAAACGGAGGCUGAGACUGUUCCAGAGAAAGAUACCAACGAAGGCCAAUCCUCAGAGUAUAGCGAGGAAUCUAACGUUUUUCAACUCAGCAGCCCAGUAAUGGAGGAAAGUUUCAGAAUGGACCUUGACAUGGAGGCUCUCGUAAAUGCAGAGAAUCUCAACACAGAAAGACUGGAGAACUACCCAGACUAUGAGCAGAUGAGGCAGGCUGAUUUUAUCACCUGUGAGUCCAGCGAGUGUGACCUGAAUGCUAAUACUGAGCUCACCGUGCCAGCUAGCAGCCCUCAGUCUUCGUCCAGAAGCAUAUUCACGAACUGUGAGCAAGAAGCAUCAUGCCCCAUCACUUUACCACUCAUUGACUUCACAUGUAUGCACCUGCAGAGGGAAGGUAGUGACCCUGUGCCAGUGUUCAUGUCAUGGCAAGAGGAGACUGAGUCAGGAGAAGCCCAGCUGUCCCCGCUGGCAGGCCGUGUUGUGCCUCUGCCUCUAGAGGAGGAUGCUCAACCCUUACUGGCCCGACGUUUCCUGGACUUUAGCCACAGUCAAAGGUUUCUACAGCAGGACCACGAUGCCACAUCCUCCACCAAAACUCUGUCCUGUGGGAGGCCUCGCCGUUCCACCCUGUCUUCAAAAGACAGUCUGAAGGGAGACACUAUUUCCCAACAACUCACCAAAAAACUCCAGAACCUCAAAAAGAAAAUCAAACAGUUUGAGGAACAGUUUGAGAAAGAGAGAAACUUCAAGCCUUCUCACGCUGAUAAGGCAGCUGAUCCAAAAGUGCUGAAGUGGAUGACUGACCUCACCAAAAUUCGCAAACAGCUCAAAGCAGGACGACAUCACCUCUUACUCAAAGGUUCCCUGAGGCACCAGGCUGUGCUUCAGUCACACAGACGCAACUCAUCCGCUUCCUCCGUCCCGAACACACCCCAUUUUACAAUGUCACGCCCCCUCAAUGCCUCUAGACAGGCACCCCACUUCUAUGUCAAACACAAGGCUGAGAGUGAGCUGACUCCACAAACGCGUCCACGCAGUAACACUCUGCCCAAGAGCUUUGGCUCCACACUGGAGCAGUCAGCUCAUGAGGGCCCUGUGGAGAGUGAGUCACAGAGUCACCGGCCCACUCGAGAGGAGACACUGGAGCUUGUUCAGCACCGCAUAAAAGCUAAGAGAGAAGAGGACAGCUGGCCCGAGGAUGUUCGAAAAAUGACCAAGGAGCAGCUUUCCUGUGAGAAAAUAGUGCUACAGAAGAACCUUCUGUAUUAUGAGGGACUCCAUGGGCGCCCUGUUACCCGAGAGGAACGCUUGAUUGUGAAGCCUUUGUAUGACAGAUAUCGGCUAGUCAAACAGAUGCUCACCCGCAUCAGCAUCACCCCCAUAAUAGCCUCUCCCUCCAGCAAACGUCGCAAUCAGAUGUUACAGCCAAUCAUUGAGGGUGAGACUGCCCACUUCUGUGGUGAGAUUGAAGAAGAGGAGGAGGAGGAGAGCAGGGGACAGCAGGAAAAUGUAGAGAUGCAAAGUGAGGGGUCAGAAAUCAUCAUUGACCCAGUGGCCCAGCCCAGCUCUCAGCAGCCUUCCCAGGAAAACAUCCUGAGCUCUGGAAAGCUCAAUCUCGAUCUGCGUCUAUCCAGUUCAAAUGCCGCCUCCAUGCCUGAGCUCAUGGAACAGCUAUGGAAGGCCAGAGCAGAGAAGAAGAAACUGAGGAGGACCAUCCGAGAGUUUGAAGAUGGGUUCUACCAGCAGAAUGGCAGGAAUGUUCAGAAGGAAGACCGCACGGCCAUGAUGGAUGAAUACAAGGAGUACAAGCGCAUUAAAGCCAAACUGAGGCUUCUGGAGGUCCUCAUCAGCAAGCAGGAUUCAUCAAAGUCCAUAUAGAGCUCCCAGGUCCGGAAGAUAAUCCGAUCUGACAGGGCCUGUAGCAUCUCAAAGGCCCGACCAAUCCAAUUUCAACUUUCAUCAACUCCUGCACUGCUGUAUCUCUCUUUAAGUGGAAAAACUUUUUUGUCCCCUUCUCUGAGUUUGAUAUUCAGACUUUCGUUUCUUUAUCCUCAUUUUAUUUUUAUUAAAUUUUUUUACAUUGACCUAGCUUUCUCAUACUGAGAAAUCCGCAAAGGGUACGUGCCGAGUUGAGUAAUCAUAACACUUAUACAUGUUUAUGGACAUUUUGCAAUGAAAUCUUCCUCAGACCACAGAGGUGGUCAUCAUAUUUUUUAGCACCCAUGUCAUACUCCUCUUCCCGAAUUCACAGGGUUCUUUACGCUAUUUGAGGGUGUGAUUUGGGUCAGAGUUUCUGUGUAUACUUGGAUAGAUCUAUACAUAUGUAGGCAUAAAUGUUUGUUUUUUUUCUUGAUGGAGAUUUGUCGGCACAGUGAAUUUAAUCAUGUUUUUUCGCCGCUCCGUUUUUCUGUUAGAAAUCAGAGGACUCUUGUAUCAAGGUGGUGCUCUUUUUUUUUUUUUUUUGUAAAGACAUGGAUCACCUAAAGCUAAUCAGACUGACAAAAACAACUCCAGUGAACCAGUCUGUCACAAACUUUUCCGUAAACCUUAUCGUCUGGCCACAUUACUGAUUCAUAUGUAAAAGAUAUAUAACUGUAUGUGUACUCUAUAUGUAACAUUACAGUGUUCAUGGCUCACAUCUGUAAUAUGCAUUUAAUUAAUGGAUGAUGUAAUGAAAGUGACUAUAUAUGCCAAACUGAGAUGUAGUUGGUUUGUCAAUGUUGGGUAACAGGUAUAAUGCAAUGUCAGAUAUAAGUGAUGAUUUAGACAGGAAAGUCACUCAUUUCUGACGCUGUAGCUAGUAUAGAUAGACCCACUGUUGUUGGAGUUUUUUGUUGGGUGAUUGUGUCCAUAUCAGUUCUUGACACCUCAAGACUCGUUUUCCAGUGUAUCCACAUUCAGGAAGCAACGUUAUUUUCUGAAAGCAUCCAGUCAUGACUAAAAUUCUGCAAUUUAGAAGACACUCCUCAAAAGAGAUCAUCAUGGUUAAAGGGCAUUAAAUGACUCUUAUGAUAAUGAUUGCUUGACUUCAGACAUCUUCUGUUAAGUUUACUUGACCUUAAGAAAAUGCAUUGUCACUGUGACCACUGACUGUGUCCUAUAUCACAAGUCAUGUGUCUUUAGGGCAUAGGAUUGGUUGAGGCUUCUUCCUCACAUGUGGCAUCCAGUUAGGAGUCAUGCUUCAUGUGUCACUCUUCAACAUAUCACCUGAUUUGUCACAUUCACUUUUCAGCUGCCAACAUGCAGAAUACAGUAUCAGUUUUUACGAUCCAGUAAUGAGGAGCAUAAUUGCUUUAUCCAGUUUGGUUCUGCAAUACACAAUCAAAGUCUAAUCAAGAGAUAAGAGAUAUACGGUGGUUGACAUGAGGAAGAAGGAUGCACCCUUGUACACUUGGAUUGCUUGAAAUGUAAUGGACGGAAAGGUUGCAGGAGGGCUGUAAAUUUCUGAACGUCAGCAUGCACAUGGAGUUCUUAACACCUGAAGGAGGCGAUAGAGAUUAUUUGCACAGCAUUCUGAGAAUGCAGUCUGUUUCAUUUGUUUGAAUUGUUUCCUGUUUAUUCAAGCACUGCUUGUGCCUGAAGGAUAUGAGUGCAGGUUAAGUUAUUUUACAUGUUUAUUUCCAUCUAUCACUGUGGUGUCAGUGUGGCAGUGAUGUCCUUUUUUAUGACCAUCAUUUUCUACUCUGAUUUUAUAUAUAUCGUCUCACUUUCUGCAGUACAUAUUUACAGUGUUGUUCCUCUGUAUCAGUGAAGCACCUGCUUUGUCCUGUUUUGUAUAAGCUUGUCAGUAGUAGGUUUGCAUGGCAGAAAUUUGUAUCUUUAUUUUUGUGCCAUGAAAAUUAAGCAAUAAAUUAGCACCCAAGGCCUGUAUCAUUGGAAUGAGAGGCCUCCUGUAUCCAAUAUGUGCAUUUUCAAUAAACGGAUUGUGAGUA